AUGUCUGAUGCUAAAUCUGUGAAUGUGCCUCUUGCUUCCCACUUUGUGUUAAGUAAGGAUCAGUCUCCAAAGACUAAAACUGAAAUAACUGAAAUGAAGAAUGUGUCUUAUUCCAAUGCUAUAGGAUCUGUUAUGUAUCUCAUGAUUAGUACUAGGUCUGAUAUUGCAUAUACAGAUCGUUGUUUGAGUAGAUUUAUGUCUAACCCUGGUACUAAGUUGGUUGGUUAUGUAGAUUUCAAUUAUGCUAAUGAUAGGGAUAAUAGAAAGUCUACGAUUUCCUAUGUGUUUACUUUGUGUGGCUCUUGCAUAAGUAGGAAGUAUCAACUUCAGCCCAUUGUUGCUUUAUCUACUACAGAAUCUAAGUAUGUAGCUAUCACUGAAGCUUUUAAGGAAGCAAUUUGA